UUUUUUUGGUUGGAAGCGGACGAGUCUGAGGAGGGAUAGUCUUUGGAUGGGGUUUCGUCCUGUGUUCAACUACCCAGCACCCCUGAUUUCGUUCGGGGAGUGCAUGAGUUUCGUCUCGGGUGGUUUCGUCCUUGCAACCAUGAGCUGUGUCUUGCGAUUUAGUAGCGAGAAGAAAUCGGAUUUAGUAAACGAAUACUGGGAUAGUUUUAUGUUGCUACAAAAACGGAAGUUUACAACUAUUGCUGAACGCACGGCACUGUUGGAGGAGCAUACAACAAAUGUUAUGGCUUCGAUGUUCAAACAAGAUCUGAUUGUGCGAGAUGAUUUUACAAAACAAGAACGAAUUGUACGAAAUAAGUUUGCGAGACGCCUAGAGGAGACAGACCUGUCGUACAAAAGUAAAGAAAAGUCCGACGAUGAUUUCAUGCCUAUCCGUAAACCAAAACGGAAAAUAAAUUUAUCGUUACGAAAGAAUAAAGAGUCGGCUGAUUUGGCUGUAUCUAAGAAGGUCAGCCAAAACCACGAAGGAAAUGCCAUUAUAAUCAGCAGGAGUAAUACAAAGAGGGACACUAGGAGAAGCAACAAUACUGCCAGAGUCAUCGUUAUUGAGUUUAGAAAGUCAGAAAAGUUGUUACCGGAAGACUGGCGUAGUAUUAUUGAAGAGUAUUAUAAGGGGACAAACGAGAAUGGGUCAAAAAAAAGUGUAUCUGAUUGGAUCCUUGCUGCACGGGAGUUGAAUGUUGUAAAAAACUUUGUAGAGACCAGUCAUGGUCUAAA